CAAGCGCAAUAUAAACAUCGCGCCUUGCGCUGGGCGCAUAAAACCCUACUAACCGCGUCUCCUCUCCAGCGCCCGCCGUCGCCGCCGCCCUCCUCUUGGUCCCGCCGUCCGUCGAGGUCAUCAUGGUGAGGGUCAGUGUGCUCAACGAUGCGCUCAAGUCCAUGUACAAUGCAGAGAAGAGGGGCAAGAGGCAGGUCAUGAUCAGGCCGUCGUCCAAGGUGAUCAUCAAGUUCCUGACGGUCAUGCAGCGUCAUGGAUACAUUGGCGAGUUCGAGUACGUGGAUGACCACAGAGCUGGGAAGAUUGUGGUGGAACUGAACGGCAGACUAAACAAAUGCGGUGUAAUUAGCCCCCGGUUUGAUGUUGGGGUAAAGGAAAUCGAAGGCUGGACUGCGAGGCUGCUUCCGUCUCGCCAGUUUGGCUAUAUCGUGCUUACAACCUCUGCGGGAAUUAUGGAUCACGAGGAGGCCCGACGCAAGAACGUCGGAGGCAAAGUCCUUGGUUUCUUUUAUUAAUUAAAGGGUCGUCCGAGUUUCUUCUAUUAAAUGGUGGGUCGACCGAGUUUUUGUUUUUGUUUUUGGUCUGAAUUGAAUAGAGUGUUUGCUUCGUUAAGACUGGAAUGUGUUAUGUGCCUUUGUUAAGACUGGAUCACUGGAAUGUGGGAAUCUUUAUGAGUGAUUCGGCAUGUAACUAACUGGAGGCCACGAGACAGUUUGGCGCAAGGCCUAUGACCCCCUAGGAGGAGUGUCGAUCAACUAGAUUCUCACAUUUUUU